GGCAUCUAUGUGGAGCUGAUCCGAGUUUCAUGCAGGUGCAGAGAUGCGCCUGAUCUGGUCUAUAGUCUCCGCAUCUCCACGCUCACGUGGUGCCAUCUGCCCGGGGACGGCGCUCCUUCCCCCACAAACGCCGUCAUACAUGGCCUUUCAAGGUUUAACAUCUAGCGAUCUACGGCUCGAUUUAUCCGCGAAGAUGAUAUUCCUCGAGCGCGAGGCCAUUGGCGUGCUGUUUCCGUUCCUUACUCGGCUUCAUCACAUUCCCGUCUGACGAGCUACUCUUAACAUGAUCAAAUAUAAUCUGUUCGGCCGCGGAUGGCGGCUUCAAACAGCCAUUAUGGUUGGGUGCCAAAUGGCUUUCAUUUUGUUUGGCUACGAUCAAGGUGUCUUUUCUGGACUGGUCGGCAACGAGGACUGGUUGAAUACCUUUGGACACCCAUCCAGUGCGCUUGAGGGCAUUAUUGUUAGCAUUUACAACCUAGGCGCCUUCUCUGGAUGCAUCUUGGCCUUCAUUUUCGCUGAGAAGCUCGGACGAAGAUUGUGUAUGUGGAUCGCAAUGGGUUGGAUUAUCGUCGGCGCCAUCCUACAAUGCACUUCGUAUUCUGUGCCGCAGAUACUAGUUGCUCGAUAUAUCACAGGUAUUGGUACCGGCAUUGAGACAUCGACGGUUCCAAUGUAUCAAAGCGAGCUUUGCGACGCAGAUCGCCGUGGUCGACUCGUAUCCAGUGAGCCUUUGUUCGUUGGAGUCGGCAUUGUAAUCAGCUACUUCUUCGAUCUCGGCAUGUCUUUCGUGGGUGGGCAAGUCGCGUGGAGAGUGCCGAUUGCAUGCCAAUGCAUCUUUGCCUUCCUCGUCAUCUUCCUUGUCUUUGGCUUGCCGGAAUCGCCUCGUUGGUUAUACGCGCACGGGAAGAACGAAGAAGCAUUGCAAGUGAUGUGCGAUGUUUGGGAUGAGCCGCCUGACGGCGAGAAAGUCUCAAAGAUGCAAACCGAGAUUCUCGAUGGUAUUGCCGCUCAGCGCCAGACUGGGGAGUACAAAUGGAGCCAGCUCUUCAAGCGUGAUCGAGUCCAGACAGGCCGCCGCGUCUUUCUCGCCUACGGCAUGCAAUUCAUGAAUCAGGUCGGUGGCAUCAACCUUGUGGUGUACUACGUCCCAACGGCGCUGCGCGAUAAUGUUCACUUGACUGGCAUCCUGCCACAAGUCAUCGGCGGCUGUGUUCAGACUAUGUUCUUCUUCGGAUCGCUGGUUCCAACCUUCUACCUGGACCAGAUGGGACGACGUCGACCGAUGAUGUGGGGCUCCUUGGGACUUGCGAUUAGCAUGAUGCUCAUUGCAGUCUUGCUCAGCUUCAAUACCCAACGAGGCUAUUCGGAGCAGAUGCAAAAGGCAACCUCCUCCGCAAGCGUGGCAUUCUUCUUUACGUACAUGUUCAUUUUCGGAGCGUCGGCGAACUGCAUUCCAUGGGUCUACGUGCCGGAGAUCCUACCGCUUCACGCUCGUGCGAAGGGAACAGCCGUUGGUAUCUCCGCCAACUGGCUCUGGAAUUUCGUUAUUGUUAUGAUCACACCCACCAUUCUGGGUAAGCUGAAUUGGCAGGCGUACUUCAUCUUCAUGGCCACGAACCUUGCAUUCAUACCGCUUGUGUACUUCUUCUAUCCGGAGACCUCGAAUCUGACCUUGGAGGAGGUCGAUGAUCUGUUCAUCACCGAUGGCAAAAAGGGCUUGCAUGCUUUGACUGGCCCGUCUCAGCCGGUGCAGGAGAGCUUCGAGAAGCACAAGGAGCAUGACGCAGAGGACAAUUAUGGCGGCGAGAAACUUCGCGACGUGGGACCUUACCAUGUCGAGGCUGCAGAUGAGAUCAAGGACGACAAGUCAGCAUAGGACUCAUCAGGAGAACGUACCUACUGAUACGUAUAUGUUCGCCGUGCGCACGAGACGUACCACGCGGUGGAAGAUCGAAAGCUUGAACGCUCCGGCCAUAUGUCCAGGUCGCUAUCAGAUAUCUCGUGCCUGCAUCAUGUUAUCUCGCUAUGCUAGAACGCUCAAACUGCAAAAGCAAACACGCC